GAGCAACACCCUGAAAACAGGUGUUUGGUAUUUUCUCCAAACGCGUGUUUUCCUGAGAUCUGGCAACCCACCUCCCGCCGCUCAGACCGCACUGCGCAGACUCGGAAAAAAAUGGCGGACGAAGUGGAGCAGCAACCAACAACCAACACCGUGGAGGAGCCUCUGGAUCUGAUCCGGCUCAGUCUGGACGAGAGGAUCUACGUCAAGAUGAGGAACGACCGGGAGCUCCGAGGUCGACUGCACGCGUACGAUCAGCACCUGAACAUGAUCUUAGGGGACGUGGAGGAGACGGUGACGACGGUGGAGAUCGACGAGGAGACUUAUGAAGAACUGUACAAGUCGACCAAAAGGAACAUCCCGAUGCUUUUUGUCAGAGGAGACGGCGUCGUCCUCGUAGCUCCGCCCCUCAGGGUCGGCUAACCCGGGUUGUUUGUGUGUUCGUACCAUGAUGAGAAAGUUUGUGACACGACGGUUCAUCUCCAACGCCGUCCUCCUCUUUGACCCCAGAGUCAGAUCCGACGCAGGAUUUCACUUCCACACAUCAAACGGAGUACUUAAGUUUGGACUGAGGAGACUUUCUGAACCUUUUUAUUUUGUUAAAUGAUGUUUUAGUUGAUUUCAGAAUAAUAAAUUAUCUGAGUUUAUUCCUCUCCAUCAUCAUAAAGAAAAAAAAGACUCUUUUCUUUCUUCUCCUCUCAGGUUUAGUGUCGUCUUAUUUCCCAUCUCUGCGAGUGUCUCAGACUUCAGACUGAGCCGAGGAGUCACAUGACUUUGAUUUAAAAUGUCUUCAGUAAAACUUUUGUUCUCAUCAAACUCUGUCGGUAUCUGAGUCACAUGAUGGGAGAGUGUUUGACGAGCAUUUGAGUCUCUUUGGGACGAUUUCAGUUUUUGUAUUUGAUACAGUUUGUAGUGUUUGUGGCACUUUGGAGUCAUCACGCUCAGAUGUGUAAACAUUUGUGUUCUUUUGGUUUUGGUAACUUGAAUAAAAAAAGAUUUGAAAAGAAAAA